ACGAAGCGCCUCCUCCGCGACAUCUCGCGAGGCUUCGCGGGAUCAGGACGUGGAAGAGGCCGGCGGCUUCGGCGAUGGAGUAUAUCACGACGCCCAAGGUAGAAAAUGUCAAGCUGCUAGAUCGUUAUACCAACAAGAAAGCAGCAAAUGGGACACUGUAUUUGACGGCUACCCAUCUGAUCUAUGUGGACACCUCAACUGACGUUCGAAAAGAGACAUGGGUCCUCCACCACCACAUAGCUACCGUGGAGAAGUUACCACUGAAUGCGUCUGGCUGCCAGCUGCAAAUUCGUUCUAAGAAUUUCCGCGUAGCUUGCUUUCUGAUGGUGCAAGAACGAGAUUGCCAUGAAGUCUAUACCUCUUUGCUGAAGCUCUCGCAACCAGUGAAGCCUGAAGAACUUUACGCCUUCUCUUACAACCCCAAAAUGCCUGAAGGCAGCCGAGAAACAGGCUGGAAGUCAAUAGAUGUCAAAGCAGAUUACCUGCGGAUGGGCAUUGACAACAGCUCUUGGGAAAUUAGCAAUGUCAACAAGGAUUACGAGGUUUGCAGCACCUAUUCUCGGGAACUAGUCGUGCCUAAAAUGGCUACUAGGGUGAUGAUCUUGGGAAGUGCGAAGUUUCGAAGCCGAGGUCGGAUACCUGUGCUUUCCUACUUCUACAAAGAGAAUAACGCCACCAUCUGCAGAUGCAGCCAGCCUUUGUCUGGAUUUAGUACUCGCUGCCUGGAAGAUGAACAGCUGCUGCAAGCGAUUAGGGAAGCCAAGGCAGGGAGUCGCUUCAUGUACGUGGUAGACACAAGGCCAAAGUUGAACGCCAUGGCCAACCGAGCUGCUGGAAAGGGCUAUGAGAAUGUAGAUAAUUACGAAUGCAUCCGUUUUAAAUUCAUUGGCAUUGAAAACAUCCAUGUGAUGAGGAGCAGCCUGCAGAAACUCCUGGAAGUGUGUGAAGCAAAGUCUCCUUCAAUGAGCGACUUCCUUACAGGACUCGAAAACUCAGGCUGGUUGCGACACAUUAAAGCUGUGAUGGAUGCUGGAGUCUUCCUGGCCAAGGCAGUCAGAGAUGAGGGUGCCAGUGUGGUGGUACACUGCUCAGAUGGCUGGGAUCACACAGCCCAAGUCUGCUCUCUAGCUUGUCUCCUUCUGGAUCCUUUUUAUCGGACAUUAAAAGGAUUCAUGGUUCUGAUAGAGAAGGAGUGGAUUGCGAUGGGCCAUAAAUUCUCACACAGGUGUGGCCAUCUUGAAGGAGAUCCCAAGGAGGUGUCUCCCAUCUUCACACAGUUCCUUGAAUGCACCUGGCAGCUCAUGCAACAGUUUCCUUGUGCAUUUGAAUUCAAUGAGCGGCUGCUUCUUGAAAUUCACGAUCACGUCUAUUCCUGCCAGUUUGGCAACUUCCUAGGGACCUGUCAGAAGGAUCGAGAAGAUCUAAAAAUCUUUGAGAAAACACAUUCCCUGUGGCCUUUUCUUCUUCAGAGGAAGCUGGAAUUCAGAAAUCCAAUCUACAAGGGAUACACUGCUUACACGUCUCUCCAGCCCAAUACGCUUCCGCUCAGUUUCCAGUUCUGGUGUGGCAUGUAUAACCGUUUUGAUAAAGGGAUGCAUCCCAAGCAAUGUAUUCUGGAUCAUCUGCUUAGCUGCACCAGCCAGAAUUUGCAGUUGGAAAACAAUGCUGCAGACCUGGAACAGAAAUUAUCUCUCUCGGAUGGGCUCCUGCCAAAUGAAACACCUGCCUUCUCCAAAGGGGUUGCCUCUUCGGUAGACAGUUCCAUUUCCCCUAUGGUCAACAGCCCCCAGGACUAUGACACCCCUGUGCUGCUGGCCAAUGGCACUAUCGGUGGGAGAGAAGGCGACAGACCAGACGGGCAGGUGAUGAGCCAACUGGAUCUCCCUCCUCCCGACACCCCAAAUGGCAACGGCUGCAGCCCAACCACCAUCCACAGCGUGCCUCUCUGGGGCAGUGAUCAAGCAGAUCUCCAGAGGGCCUGAAGCUGCUGGACCUCCACCUCUGCUGGAAGAGUCAUAGCAAAGGGGCAAUAAAGUCUGUGAGAUCCGUGACUCUGUGCUGGGAAUACCAGCUCACUGACAUGUGGCUUAGUGUUGUAUUCUGUGUUCUCAAAGUGGAGGAGGACAGAGCCCAGUGGGGACUUUGGGGCAAACUCCCAAAGGUUGGGGAUGACGUUGAGUUAGGGGCUGCCACAGUUCAUUCAAGUCAAAAAGAUUUCCCAAACAUUUGGGGGGGGGGACCAGAUGUGCACUCGGCCAAUUGAUGCUGUUGUUGGGUUCCAUGGCAGGUUAUCUUUUUUAAGGGGGGGAGAAUUUAGAUAGAUAAAGGAUGCCUGCAUCAAUGCAUUUCAAAAGGGUGCUCCCAACUCCUACUGGAGGGCAGGGUCGCUUCUGGGUAGCCCCCCUCAUCUUUCUGUGAGCCCCUUUCGCUUUACAAAGUUAGAAUUCUCAUUUGGUCCAACUGUUGGCAAGGUGACUUUGAUUGUUGUGAUGCAGUAUUUGGAGUGUGGGGGUUUUUGUCUUUGCAGGACUUCCUGUCUCUUGUGUCUUUUGUUUAACUCUCCUGAGCAGGCCCUGCCUUCUUACUUGUCGUUCCCUCUCUUCUCGGUCCAUGGCCUUGAAUGUGUUUGUGGCAUGUUAGGAUAAAAACUUAAGGCAUCUGCAAAUAUGAUGGUUCAUUUAUCAUCUGGUGUCACUUUGGAGAACUUGGCUGUAAGAGAAGACGUGUCAGAACCUGGGGGAAGAAUUUAAAAAGACUAAGUCCGCUUGUGGCUACAUAGGGAUUCUAGGCUGAUCCCUCUUUUAACCCCGCCCCCAGGUUCUGCAAUUCCUUCUCUUACUUUAUCCAAGUUAUCAAGCAUCUUCCUUGGUUUAAGUGCCAGACUGCUUUCUGCUCAAGCACUCGAGAAUAUCCUACCUAAUUAUCAGAAUGGACCUGCUCCUCCUUAGCAGCAAAGCCUCCACAAAUUGAACAGCUGUGCAUAAUGCGCUUGUCUGAAGCUUCACUAAGAGUCUGACCUGGGCUAGAAUGCAUGUUUCAUGCAUGUUUUGAACCAAAAGGAAACCCACACUUCCUGUUUUGUUAUUUAGGGGAGGGCUUAAUGCCAGCAAGGAAACACUGAGCAGAGACAGCACGAGGCCUCUGGCUCUGAAGUCCACCGCAUGCAGAAUCUAUGUUCCUUUCUGCUUAGUGACGCAGAUGAAAAAACUUCUUGGGCAAAAAAAAAGCCUUCACCCUUAAUAUUCUCUGAAAGUGGAUUUUAUGAAAAGAGAAGAUAAAACACACUUGAGAACAUCCCUGAAUCAAGAAUUCCAGCUCUGAGUUAGCUUACAGCUUCAAAAAUCCUGCACAUCUAUACUGUAUCUUCCAUUUUCUGCUGCAUCAGUGGAUCAGAUCACAGUAACAUUCCCCGGUUUUUUUUAGUAAAGCAAAUGACAUUCCUAAGGAGAAACAUCUCAGCGUUCUUGUUCCAAACUAUGUGGAUGUUUCUUAGAAAAAGUCAGCCAUUGCUCUUCAGCUGCCUCUGGUGCUCAGUUUCAGGAUGUCAUUUCGCGCACACAGCCCUUCAUGGAAAUACUGUCUUCUUUAUGAAAGCAAAUGGACUUGAAUCCUUGCAGGACAAAAUCCUGGAAUCAGGCAGCUUUCAGAAAGUAUAAGUGCAUUUCAGAGGACAGUGUUUAGCAACCUUCUUUCAAGGAAGCGUGUGUACACGUAUGUGUGUAUGCACAUGCUCACACCAUCAUUGUCUUCAUUGCGGCACUUCAAAAUUCCCUGGAAUACUAUUAUGCAGUUUGCCUAUUGUUGUGAUUUGAAUGGCUUGUGAGCAAAAUAUCUGAAAUAUUUUUGGUUAUAGCAUCCCAGUAAACUUAAAUCAUCUGAUGAACUCACAAUAGUGCAGGAAGAGAAUUUUACCAGCUGCAUGAUUGCCUGUCCAUUUCAAAGGAUUUGCGUUGUUAUAUGUGUCCGUAUUGUCGAACAACAUCCUUGUUGAUGUCUGUGAUGUUUUUUGUACUCCAAGGCCUAACAAAUUUUAAAGUGAACAUACAGAGAUUUCUUUUCAAAAGGUUCACCAGUUUCCUUUUGCAGAUAGUUAAAAUUGUGUUGCAUAUCAAGGCUGAAAUAUUUUUACAGUCCCUAUAAAGUUUGACUGGCUGUAUUUUCAUUUUGCAAGAUUGUCUAAAACUGGGCAAUCAGAGACUUUUGAUAACUCAUCCUGAAUGUGUGUCAUGAGUCCACUUGAAGCCCUGCUAAAAUAAAAGUAAAAAUAUUAGGAGAUUAUAGUUAUGUAUAUAAAGAUAUAUUGCUGCAAGUCUUAUGGUAAAUUAAAUUUGUAAGUAUUGUUUUUUUUAAAUUUCUUAUGAAAAUAAUAAAUUCCUCGCGUUUCUAAAAUGA